UAUCGAGAGAUAUCAGAUAGAGAUAGGUGAGCUGAUUAAUUAGAGAAUUAAACAUAAUUAGUCUUAUCAUCAGCAGUAGUUAGCAAAAGUUGUGGGGGCUAGUAGUAGUAAUUUGUUUGAUAGUGGUUCUUUGGAGAAAGUUGAUUGAUGGGAGAAGUUUCACAUGAUAAAAUAAAGGACUGCUGCUCUCCCACAAGGGUAAAUAUCGAGAAGCAGCAGCAGCAGCAGCCCACCAUGGACAUGCAGCAGCAGCAGCACCGCAUGGAAAUCCCAAUGGGGAUGGAGGUGCACAAGGUGGUUCCACCGCCUUACAGAAGCACUUUUCGGAAGCUGCUGGCCAGGCUCAAAGAAACCUUCUUUCCAGAUGACCCUCUCUACCAAUUCAAAGGUCAGCCACCGAAGAAAAAAUGGAUUCUUGGAGCGCAGUAUGUCUUUCCAAUCCUUGAGUGGGGCCCUAAUUACAGCUUCAAGCUCCUCAAAUCAGACAUCAUUUCUGGUGUCACCAUUGCCAGUUUAGCCAUUCCUCAGGGAAUCAGUUAUGCUAAGCUUGCGAAUCUACCUCCAAUUGUGGGUCUCUAUUCAAGCUUCGUUCCUCCUUUGCUGUACGCUGUGCUUGGAAGCUCAAAGGAUCUUGCAGUAGGACCUGUUUCCAUUGCUUCUCUAAUCAUGGGAUCAAUGCUCAUGCAAGAAGUAUCUCCAUCCAAAGAUCCAAGCUUGUACCUCCAACUUGCCUUCACCUCAACCUUCUUAAGUGGCAUCCUCCAAGCUUCCCUAGGUUUAUUAAGGCUUGGAUUUAUAAUCGAUUUUAUUUCGAAGGCAACUCUUCUUGGUUUCAUGGCCGGAGCUGCUGUGAUAGUCUCUCUGCAACAGCUUAAGAGCCUCCUUGGAAUCGAACAUUUCACCAAGAAAAUGGCAAUCGUCCCUGUUUUGAGCUCCGUUUUUCAUGAACGAAAAGAGUGGUCAUGGCAAACCAUAUUAAUGGGCGUUUGCUUCCUUGUGUUGCUCCUAAUCGCAAGACACGUUAGCUUAAAGAAGCCAAAGUUGUUCUGGGUCUCAGCUGGAGCCCCCCUGGUGUCUGUGAUCCUCUCCACUGUGAUUGUCUUUGCAUUCAAAGUCGAUCGCCACGGCAUCAGUGUGAUUGGAGAAUUACAGAAGGGACUGAACCCACCAUCAUGGAACAUGCUGGUUUUUCAUGGAUCCCACCUUGCACUUGCAAUCAAGACCGGGAUUGUCACCGGCAUUAUUGCCCUCACUGAAGGUAUUGCAGUAGGAAGGACUUUUGCUAAUAUAAGAGAAUACAGAGUGGAUGGAAACAAGGAGAUGAUAGCAAUUGGGAUCAUGAACGUUGUUGGCUCCACCACUUCGUGCUAUAUUACAACAGGAUCAUUCUCAAGAUCAGCUGUGAAUCACAAUGCUGGAGCAAAGACAGCGUUGUCCAACAUAGUAAUGUCAGUGACAGUCAUGGUGACACUGCUGUUUCUGAUGCCUCUUUUCCACUACACACCCAAUGUAAUUCUGGGUGCAAUUAUAGUCACUGCCGUGGUCGGCCUCAUUGAUGUCCCAGCUGCUUACCACAUUUGGAAGAUCGACAAAUAUGACUUCCUUGUCUUGAUCUGUGCUUUCUUGGGAGUCAUCUUUAUCUCUGUCCAACAUGGCCUCGCCAUCGCGGUUGGGAUAUCAGUUUUCAAGGUUUUGCUGCAAGUGACAAGGCCGAGGACGGUGGUGUUGGGAAACAUACCCGGGACGGACGUAUUUAGAGACCUGCACCAGUACAAGGAAUCAGCAGUGAGUGUGCCUGGUUUCCUAAUCAUACUCAUCGAAGCUUCAAUCAACUUUGCCAACACUACUUAUCUCAAUGAAAGGAUUUUGAGAUGGAUAGAAGAAGAAGAUGACGGGAACAAGGUUUCAAACAUUAGAUUUGUUGUUAUAGACAUGUCAGCUGUGAGCACAAUAGACACAACUGGGAUCACACUUUUCGCAGAUAUAAGGAAAUCAGUCCGAAAGAAGGGAAUUAAGCUGGUGCUGGUAAAUCCACUGGCGGAGGUGAUGGACAAAUUGCAGAAGGUGAACAAUGGAGGCGAAGAGUUCAUGCUUUACCUGUCGGUCGGAGAGGCAGUGGCGUCGCUGUCGAUGGGAAUGAAGAACAAUCAUGCAUCGUCAAAUUCAAACACGUACGAUGAAGAAAUGCAGACGGUUGCCAAUGGUGUUCCCUAAUUAAUCAUUAACUAAACCUAAUUACUCCCGAGUUAAGCAGCAUCGCACGUUCCAAGUUUUGGCUGUUGGCUGUCUUUGGUAUCAAGUUCCUAGUUGGUGACCAAUAAUAUUGUCAAGUUAGGUUGUAAUUCUGUACCACCAUGUAGUUUUAGUGGGUCGUUUUCGUUCAUUAUAAAUAGUUUUCUAAUUUGGUCUUUUUCAGCCUCGUAUAUACCCUUGUUUAAUCUUGGUCGUUGCUAACAAAACGUGUGUUACUAUCACUUCCUUAA